CUUCCCUCUCUGAGUUCACCACUGUUUCGUCUCUAAGACACUCACCGCUGCCUAUACUUCUGUCCAUUCUAUCAUAAUGGUCAUGAGCAAUUCGACUUGGAGAAUUCUGUGGAAGGUGGACAAUUCUUGGAGAUCCUAGAGGCCACGACAUGGGAGAAAGACCUAGUCAGCCCUGGCUCUAGAUAAUUGCCAGCAGUAAAAUUAAUUUAGUGUAAGAUUAAUUAGGUUUUUGUUCUCAGUUUUUCUUCUCAUUUCUUCCUUGAUUUUGAAAUAAAAUAAGAGAGUAACAUGAGAAACAAUAGAAAUCAGAGCUACUGCUCUCUAAGCAAUGCAAAGUGCAUUAUUUUAAUAAACUCUGGAAGUCUAAACUGAAUUUUCAUGUUUUGCAUGGAAAGUAUCAUGUUUUUCUAAAUUACUGCAGGUAAUCUAAUUUUCUUUGCCAAUACACUAACUAUGUCUCCCCUAAUAAAAGGAAGCAGAAAAUAACUAUAAUUUUGAAAUAACAUGUGUUAAAAUAAAAGAUGAACCUGUGCGUUAAUUGCUAAACACUUUUUAGGCACGCAUUUUUCUUAUUGGAACUAACUAAUAUCUCAGUUCCCUAUGUGGUUUAGCCUUUCUUAAUGCCAGUAGUAAAGUUGUCUGUCCAGAGACCAGCUUUAUAUUUCUGGCAAUUCUUUUUUCUUUUUGAGGCCAGACUAGGCUUUCUGAAUAUGCAUCAGUUGGCUACCAUGUUCUGUAUGGAGUUCCACUGCCCAGGACCUAGAGUAGGGCAGGGUGGGAAAGAGGGGCAGUUAUGUCUGCUAUCAGAAAGUCUCCACAGAAACCCUGCUCUUGGAGAGGUUCAUGCCUCAUUCGGGUUUUCUGGCCAGUGGCAGACUGUGACCUUCUCCUCUCCCUCUGCACUGCUGCAGCUGGAGUUUUCAGGUGCCAGGUCUUGUAGUUGGGUGGAGAUGAUGUAGAAUGUAUGCUCCCUGGCAGCAAGGGCUGUGCGUUGCUCCCCGCUGUGUUCCUGUGCGUGGUACACUGCCUGGCACGUAAUAAGCACUCUGUAAAUCUAGUCCUACAAUCCCAUUGUAUUAUUAGUAGAGCAAUUGAGGCCCAGAGAGGGCAGUGGUUUGCCUGCGUUUUCACAGAGCACCUGAUGUAGUGCUGGGCCCAGACUCUGGGGCUCCUAACCUCUGGUACAGAACUCUUUCCUCCACACCCAUGCUACCUCCCUAAGAAUCUCGCCUCACCUCUCUCCUUCUUUCUAAGCAAAUUUCUCUUUCUAGCCUGGUUUGAAUAUUGUAUUGUUUUUCUGUUUUCUGUGUAGCAACACAAACUUAGCAGCUUAAAAUGACACACAUUUGUUAUGUCACAGUUUCUGUGGAUCAAGAGUCUGGGUACAGCCUAACUGGGCCCUCUGAGCAGGGUCUCACAAGGUGCAAUCAAGAUGUUGGCUGGGCUGCAUCCUUUCUGGAGCUCAGGGUGCUCUUCCAAGCUCACUGGUUAUUAGCAGAAUUCAGUUCAUUGCAGUCGUAGGACUGAGGUCCCCCUUUUCUUGCUGGCUGUCAGAUGGGGGCCAGUACCAGCAUCUAGAGGCCUCUUGCAAUUUCGCACCGUGUGGCUGUCUCACAAUGUGGCAACUGGAUUCUUCAAGGCCAGCAGGAGGGCUCAGUCCCUCUUCCAAGACUUUGAGUGAUUAAGUCCAGCCCACCCAAGAUAAUCUCCUUUUUGAUGAACUCAAACUUGACUGAUUUGGGACUUAAUUACAUCUGCAAAAGCCCUUCAUCUUUGCCAUAUAAUGUAACCUAAUCACAGAAGUGACAUCCUAUCUUAUUCACAGUCCCAGCUCUGAUCAAGGAUUAUUCAGGGUGUGUCCACCACGGGGUGGGAAUCUUGGGGGCCAUUUUAGAAUUCAGCCUACCAUAAACAUGUUUGUGUUGAGCUGGUCCUAGGGUAGUUGGAAUCUGGACAAUAAAUGAACCAUUUUUCCGAUGUUUCUUCAUAACUGUACUCAUCUGUUUUCACUUCUUUGAGCUCAUCUCCUUCCUCUAAGACCUUGAUGUGAGAUAAUAUGCUAAGUCCAGUAUGUGUGGAUAAGUGAUCACAAAGUGAAGAUGACCUCAAAGACCCUGAUUAACAGUAAUGACUCCUAUACCUGACUUUCUAUAUUUUUUAUUAUUUGACACUUAAAUAUAAUAUGUUUUGGUUCUCUGUUUAGUUUCCCCAAACUUUUCCUACUUCUCUCUUUAAUAAUGAAAUAUAUUUUUAGUUUCUGAGUUUAUGCGGCUUUCAUGUUCAAGGUUCUUUUCAUGAAAAUAAAAUUUCUUUUUUAGACAUAUGAACUCAUAUCUGGCACUGUAUAGAACCUGAGAAUGUUUUGAUUGGAUCUUUCUUGUUGAGAGGUCUUAUUAUAUUAUGUGCUGGUGUCUAGACAUUAGCGCAUGACCCUUGAGAAGGAGAGUUGGUGUCUGUGGUACUGUUUCAAAUCUCUGAGUCUAGGCUCAAGGUUCACUCGUGUGGAUGCAAAUACAGAGCAAAUCGUAACUUCUCAACUCUCUGUUCCUGGUCAGAGCUGUUCAGUCUCUGCUUGAGGAGAAGUUACAGAAGGACAAGACCAAAUCUGGAUUUGGUAGUGUGACAAUUCACCGUGAGUGUGGUAUCACCUUCAGGGGAUCUGAAACUCAACCAGAAGCCACACACAUUCAUUGACGUGGUGCCUUCAGUAAGAGACGGGAGUGAGAGACUCUCUUCCCCAGCCAUGCUGAUUGCUGCCCUAAGACUGCUGAUGCUGGUGGCAGUGGCUGAAUUUCUCAUUGGCCUGGUUGGAAAUGGAAUUCUUGUGGUAUGGAGUUUUGGAGAAUGGGUCAGAAAAUCCAAGGGGUCCUCAUACAACCUCAUUGUGCUGGGCCUGGCUGUUUGCCGAUUUCUCCUGCAGUGGUUGAUUAUGAUGGACUUAAUCCUGUUUCCGCUUUUCCAGAGCAGCUGUUGGCAUCGCUAUCUCAGUGUCUUCUGGGUUCUGGUAAGCCAGGACAGCCUGUGGUUUGCCACUUUCCUCAGAUUCUUCUACUGCAGGAAGAUCACGACCUUUGAACACCCCAUUUACUUGUGGCUGAAGCAGAGGGCCUAUUGCCUGAGUCUCUGUCUGGGGUACCUCAUGAUCAGUUUGUGACUUGUGGUCCACAUUGGCUUAAAGCCUUGCAAUCCUUCCCAUGGAAACAGCAGCAUUCUAUACCCCUUUUCAAACUGGCACUAUCUGUGUAUUUUACAUCUCAGUGCAGGAAGUGUGGUGCCUUUCAUGGUGUUUCUGGUUUCUUCUGGGAUGCUGAUCGUCUCUUUGUAUAGACACCACAGGAAGAUGAAGGCCCAUACAGCUGGUAGGAGGGAUGCUCGGGCUCAGGCUCACAUCACUGUCCUGAAGUCCUUGGGUUGCUUCCUUGUACUUUACGUGGUUUAUGUUCUGGCCAGCCCCUUCUCCAUCACCUCCAAGUAUUCUCCUGCUAAUCUCACUACUGUCUUCAUCUCUGAGACACUCAUGGCUGCCUAUCCUUCUCUUCAUUCUGUCAUAUUGAUCAUGGAGAAUCCCAGGGUGAAGCAGAUUUGUCAGAGAAUUUUGUGGAAGAUAAUGUGUGCUUGGAGAUCUUGGGGCCUGUGAUCUGGGGAGAAAGGAGUGGCCAAACUUUUGAGUCUUUUGACUUGAGACUUUUGUCUUGAGACUUUUGAGACACUCUUUUGAUAGUUCUCUAUAAGGGAGUUGACUUAAACAUCUUUUAAAAUUUUCCUUCUUUGACAUCAAAUCAACAAAUGGACAACAGGAAAUAAAAACCAAUACUAUUUCUCUUUUGGCAAUGCAAAGUACAUUGUUUUAAUGUGUUAGAGAAGUCAAGGCUGGGGCUUUAUGUUUGCUAAAAGAGGUAUUAUAUUGUUUUUAUGUAGCAAAUAAUUCAUUUAUUUUUAAAUUACAUGUAUAAGUCUUGUUUUUCUUAUUAUAGGAAACAGAUUAGGCACAAUUAGUAUAGUGGUAAUUAAUUUUUAUGAAAUUUCACCUAUCCAUUAGCAUUAGUUAUUUUAGAUAAGCUUUUUAAAAGAAGAAGUAUCAAGUAAUUUUUUCAUUUCUCUACUCUGAUAGGUCUAGUUGUCUAACUGGAAAACAAAGCAAAACAUCCUUAUGUUUCUGGAAGUUUCUUUGAGCCCUAGACUUGCCUUUUAGGACAAAAGUCAGUUGGCUGUCAUGAUCUGUGUUAAGCUCCAAAGCCCAGGACCUGGAGUGGGGCAAGAUGGGAAUGAGGGGCACUUUCUUGCUCUAAAAAGGGACACUGCUCCCUGAAGAGGUCAAGCCUUAUCCUCUGAUCACUUAGCCAUCCUGACUGUCCACUCUGACCUCUCCACAGCCUGGAGUCAGAGUUUUGGCCUAGUCUUUGAGUUGGAUGGAGAUCAUCUAGAAUGUCAAAUCCAUGGCAGCAGGAAUUGUGUCUGUUUUUGUUUUCUCCUGGGCUCCUGGUGCUUCGAACACUACUUAGCCCAUAGUAAGAACUUAACAAAUGUUUUCUAAUGUAGAAUGCUCAAGUUUAUGAGUAAUUUUAAACGGAUGAAAUAAGCAACUAAUUUUUCAAGUUUGAUAUUGGUGGGAUAUCUGGGAGCCAAGAUCCAAACUCAUGACAGACUGAAGAGUCUAUGACUUGGUUUUCUUAGGAACAAAAUACUUGCAUUCUCCCAGUGACCUUUUGGGAUUGGAUUUCCUUCCUUUUUAGUACAUGAUUUAGCUCAUGAUGGGUGUGAAGCUACUUUGUGUUUUAUACAAGAAAACAAAUCUGGAGGCAAAUGUGUAUUCUUGAAAUUGAUUCCUAUGUAAUUAAACCUCGUAUAGUUUGCAUUCUCAGAGCUGCAGCAGGAUCCAUGUGUAUGUGCGUAUGUGUGUGCAUGCAUGUAGAUAUUGCUAGCCUUCCUUUCUACAGCCUAGAGGAGGACUAAAAAAGAUUGAAACAGUACAGAAAGGUAGAAAACAAAUAGCAACAUUUUCUCGUUCCAUUCUCCAUUAUUAGUCCCACUGUGCAGAUAUAGAAGUAUUUUAACAUUUGUCUUUGUUCUUCUAGUGAUUACUUUCACAACUCUAAGUAAUAAGAUUUGGCCUCUCUUACUUGGUUUAUCAACUUUGAACUGGAACUUUUGAAUCCCAUUGAGCAAAGUUUGGGGAUUAUCUCACUUAACCCCAAAUCCAUUCCCCUCUCCUAAAUUUGAUUAGUUUUAGUUGUCAUUCUUCUAGUCAUUAAUUUUAUAACUUUAGGAAUUAUGUUUUUAACUUUACUUUCUUGAACCAUAACUUAUGACAGUAUCUACAGAAUCUGAAUUCUGUAGAAGGAAGAAAUUAAUACUUCAACUUUCCUGUUCUUUUCCCAUAUCCCAACUCAUACGUCCAACUUCAUGUGACUUAGGGUGAAACUACACUUAUUGAAGGAAAUUGGCUGGCUCAUAAAAUCACUGGGAAGGGUGGAAAGUCAGUAUCAGAAUGGGAACCAAGAGAGUUUAUACAACUGAGAACACAACUAAGCCACUCUUCAGGAACUGGUGCUGGCACCACUGCUCAUAUUUCAACUGUCAGCAUUGCAUCUUUGACAUUGUCACUGCCUCUGUGAAUGUAUCUUUUUGAGUCAUAGCUCUAAGGUCCAAAAUCCUGGCUAAGAGUCUCCUGUUGGCUGAUUGUAGGUCACACACCUGCCCUAGCUGGCAGGUCCUGGGGCUUUAAGGAGUCUGAUUCCCCUUUGGCUUCUGAAAUAUGUGUUUUUAAAUUAGAUGAAAUAAAGUACUCAAUAGUUAGAUUAAGCAGCAGACUCGAUUCAGCUGAUUGUGAAUUAGUGAACUAGAAGUUCAGCUCAAGGAACUCUCUCAGAAAGUAUCAGGAAGCAAUGGAAAGAUGGAAAAUGCAAGGAAAAGAAAAGCUAUAUGGCACAUAGAAAUAACAGGGUAAUUAUCUAUGUAAGUGGAGUCUCAGAAGGAGAUGGAAAAAAUGAACAGAAGGAAUGAAAUAUUUGAAGAAUUAAUGACCAAGAAUUGCGCUGAGUUAAAGAAAGAUUUGUGCCGGCUCCGUGGCCGAGUGGUUAAGUUCGCACUCUCCGCUGCGGCGGCCCAGGGAUCGGAUCCUGGG